ACUAACUCACAUUGAAUUGAAUUGAUCAAUGUUAUCAACCGAAGAAGGUGAAGAGUGAAUCAUCUUGUAGUUGUAGGUAGGCCCCAUCAACGAUUUCCCUGCAGACUCACUCACCCAAUCUCUGAGAGGCGCGUGUGUAUCUUUCUAGUUAUAUAAUACACUAUUGAAAAAUUCAUACGUAUUCAAUCUUCAUCACCAUUGUCAUCACUGCCAUCAGGUGGUGAAAUUGAAUCAUGGCUGAAGGUGGUGCUGAUCCAUUUCCAAAGUUGGGAAGUGUGUACAGAGGCUCUGGUGGUGCCAAUUCCAAAUCCAAUCAAUGGAGGCGUAAUGCAGGGACAGGGAGCUCCAAACAGAUUGCUGUGAAAACUGGUGGUGGUGAUUCCAGGGGGAGCUCAAGUCAGCUGCAGAAUAUGCCUCAAAAACCAAAUGCUUGGGGACAAUCAAAUCUGAUCCAAAAGCUGAACAAGGAGGGUCCUGGUGGAUCAGGGCUUGGAACUUUGAAGGACAGCAAUUUGCCUCCAACAUUGAAGAAAGGAUCAGAUUCUUCUGAUGGAGUUCCAGAACCUGAUUAUGAAACUAUUGAUGGUGGAACUGGCACUGAUUCUGAUGAGGAUUUCCAGUAUGACAGCGAUGAUGAUGUUGAAUUUGAUGAUACUGACUCCGAAACCGGAGUGAAAGGCCAUGAAGGGGCUAAGAAGAACAAGUGGUGUAGGGAUUUCUUUGGCAGGCUAGACAAGGUGGCGAGUCAGGUUGAGAAGCUCGAUUCACCAUCAAUCCGCUGGCAUUGCCCUAUAUGCAGAGGGGGUCCUGGAGCUAUUGAUUGGUACCAUGGGUUGCAGCCCCUUUAUGUUCAUGCCAUGACAAUACAAGUAAGGUUUGCAAUAGUGCAUCGACUAUUUGCUGAUACUUUGAAGGAAGAGUGCAGGAGGAGAGGAGCUCCAUUAACAAGUGAGGCCUCUGGUUUGUGGGAGGGCCUUGAUAAGAAACUCAAGGAUCAUGAAAUAGUUUGGCCCCCAAUGGUUAUCAUUAUGAAUACAAAAUCUCAGAGGGGUGAAAACAACAAAUGGACUGGAAUGGGGAAUCAAGAGCUCCUUGAUAGCUUCAGUGAUUAUGCUGCAAUGAAGGCUAGGCACUCAUAUGGUCCACAAGGGCACCGGGGGAUGAGUGUUUUGAUUUUUGCUGAAACUCCAGCAGGCUAUUUAGAAGCUAUGAGGCUCCAUAAGCAUUUCAAAGAACAAGGAAGAGAUAAGGAAGCUUGGGGUCGUUGUAGGAAUCCAUAUGUCCCAGGAGGGAGGCGCCAACUUUAUGGUUACUUGGCUUCUGGAGAAGAUUUGGAGAAUUUCAACCAGCACUCAGGAAAGACAAAAUUGAAGUAUGAGCUGAAGUCAUAUCAAGAGACGGUUGAGAGCAAGAUCAAGCAUAUCAAUGAUGAUAUUCAACAGCUUGACUAUUUCAAGGACAAAGCAGCCAAGGAACAAUUUAAAUCAGAAGUUUAUGCAAACACUUUAUCUAAAGUAACUGACAAGUUACGCCAAGCAAAGCUAGAAAACCGUGUUGUGCGAGAACGUACUAAAGAGCAACAAGAACAGAACAAGGAUGAGAUGGACGCCCAGGAGAAAUUUUUCCUGGAUCAAAUUCAAAUCAUUCAGCAAGCUAGAAAGGCAAAGGAAGAGGAGUUUGAGAAACUGCAGGAGGCACAACUUGAAGAAGGAAAUUGGGUUUAUGGAGACUCUUCUGAGAAAGAGGAAGACAAGAAAAUCAUGGAGAUGAGGGAAUUCGAGGAAGGGAGAUUUAAUGUAAUAAAAAUUCAUGAUGAUAAGAAGAAGGCCCUGCAGAAGAAGCACUUGCAGGAGCUGAUGGAACUGGAGAAGGAGCUUGAAAAUGAAAUGGUGCAGCUCAUGGACAAGUUCUCUUCUGGCCAGACUCAAGAAGAAAGCAAUCAGAAAUGAUUGGAAUACAUGCUCUGUGUUAUACCAAAUUUUACCUGCAUGUACUUUGAAAGUUGAAAACUGAGAGUUGGUGAGACUCACUUCACCACUGUUUUAAUUCCCCUUUAGACCGGUUUUUUAAAGUGGGGUUUUGCGAUCUUAUUACAAUUAUUGCGGAUUUUGGUUGAAUGGUUUAAUUUUAAAAGUACAUUUAUUUUAGCGGACCCAA